AUGCCCACCUCCGCCGGCGCAGGGGCACAGGCUCCGGCAGCGCCCGGGCACCGACGAUGGCAGGUCCCAUCCCCGCACCGAGCAAAGGGCCCUUCCCGCCGGGCGUCCCCGGUGUUUUGGGGGAUCCCAGUCUCACCGGAGGGGCUGGGACACCGGCCCGCCAGCGCCGGAGAGGCGAGGGAUGGCUCCCGGCAAGGCUGCGGGAAGGACCUGCCGGGAACCGCUAAAGGAAGCUACGGAGAGAAAAUGGAGGCGGCGGCUCUUUUGGCGGGAGGGGAGACGGUGCGGCCCGGGGAGCCCUCCGCGCCGCCCCGGUUGCAUCAUGCAAAAUGGACGCCGCCGCCGUCGCUACCUCCCGCCCCGGUCCCGGUCUUACCGACCCCCGGCCCGCUCCACCCGCCGGAGAGGCGGGUCCCGCACUCACCCGCGCCGCGGUGGGCAGCCCGGCGGGCUGAGGUGAGGCGAGGCGAGGCGAGGCGGCGCACCGGCGGGCCCAAGGGCAGCCCCCCGUUCCCCGCCGCUUUAACACCUCCGGCGCCGGCCGCCCGGCCCCGCCUCCGCCGCUGUAAUGAAAGAGGAGACGGAGCGGCGGGCGAGGCCGCCGCCGCGGCGGGGUCCUUCCGGCGGUGGGGCCGGGCGGCGGCCCCCGGCGGGGGAGAGAGCGCACGGCCGGAGGCAGCGCUGCCGAACGCCCGGGUUUUUAAGCGCGGGACUCUACGAGAACCGAGGGGCUGGGUUGGACCGAACCGUCCGUUCGUGCCGCUCGCCGCGCUCUGGCGGCCGAACAAAGGCAGAACAGUAGAACAAUCCUUCAGUGAAUAAACAGACAAAGGCAUAAACAAUAAAGAAAUCACUUAAUGUCAAUUACAACCGAACCACGCUCAUUAACGAUUACCCACUGGAAAGGCUGGGGAAGGCUGGAGAACAUUUUGGCGUAUGCAUUCACAGAAAGCCUUCGAACAAUGUUUCGCUGCCGUGUUUCUUCAACAGCUGCUCCACAUGAGACGCGCAGCUAUACCUGUCACGUUGCAGUCUGCUUCUGCCUGUCACUGCCAUAGAGCCCUGCUUCAUCUCCUGUGCUUAUUAACAGAUGUGGUUGCAUAAAUGAGGGGAGUGGUGGUCUGAGAUUAUGCCUCCUAAAAUUGUUCAGGGAAAAGAAAACCUCUUUUAUGCCAAGCUGAGGUACCCAAGAACACCAGGUACAAAUUAAGAGGCAAGAAAACAACCAAACAAUUGUUCUGGGAUUUCUCUUCUUUUUGCUAGAAUUAAGAAAUUCUGUAUUUAAAAAUAAUUUGUUGCACCUCAAUCGUUCAUUGCUUUUUUUAUUAAGCAGUUGGUCAGCCCAUCCUAGCUCAUUUUAAUGUGGGGAACCCAGGAAUGGCGUUACUCCCUGUGUUCUCUGCUAUCCCAGACCUUGUUGCUGUGAUCAUCCAGGUGAGUAAACAUCCAGCCAAAGGACAGGCUGCAGACCUGGCACAGACUGGUUGUGAAUCGCAGUCGGGCUGUGUGUAGGCGUCCUGACCAACUUGUAAAGGAAGUCCUGUCUGCUGGUGGGGCUGCAAAGGUAACACCUGAACAAAACCGAGGAGGAUCUGAAGCCGUGUGCUCAGAGCUUGGUGGUGGGAGGUGCCGGGUGGCAGUUUUCAUGCUGCACUCGCUCGGGUUACGUGAACUGUGUGCAAUACAAAAGGAAUGGACUGGAAGGAAGGGAGGAAGGGAAGGAUUAUUCAUUCUGCAGUUCAGGUUCCUUGGAGAAGAUGUGGCAACACCAAGAGCUGAGCAAGUGGAAUUGCCAACAUCCAAGCUAGCUCCCCCAGGCAAACUUCAUAGCCAACAGACAAGGAAAAGCCUAAAACAGGUCAGCUGAAUAUCACCCUGAGAGUCUCUAGUUUACUAAGUAAGCUCGCAGCAGUGAACUUAGAUGCUGAUAUCUGUAUUACAGACAUCCGCAAUUAACUGAAAUGAGUCCCAUUCCUGAACUCCUUUCUAGAGUUCACUCCUGGAGCUCAGCCUUUUUCUGGGAUUAGCUCUAAGGCUGAGAUUUCUGACAGAAGGCCACCAUGAAAUAAAACAAGCUACAUGAAUGAAAUACCACUACUGAUUGCUCCAGUACCACCUGCUACUGUUUAAUUGAGAGGUGAUAUUAUCAUCGCCUUCAGUAUUUUGGUUGUGUACAACAUAGGUUCAUCCAGGCUAUGCUGGGGAGCAGAUUAAGAACCCUGAGGGACAUCUGGAUACAGCAGCAGUCAUAGAUAAAAGAGAUCCAUCUCCCCUAACCUUAGGCAUCUACAGUACAGAUAACUCCACAUGAGCACAUCAGAAUAGCUUCUCUUAUAAUCAGUGCACAAAAGCAGGCAUUUGUGGAGCACAUCUCAUAAAUCUUAAGUACGGCUGCCUGGACUACACCAAUAGUCCAUCUAGACCAAUGUGUAGUUCCUGAGAAUGGUCCAAGCAGAUCUGUGGGGAAACUAUGAUAAAGCAAACGCAUGAAGACACUUCCUUAGAACACUCCCUUGAUCUCAAAAAAUUUGCAACGGAGGCAGAAUAGGCAUCCUUGUAUGUAGUAGCUGUUGACAUCCUUCAUUUUCCAUUAAACUCUCCAGAUUCCCCUGGUCUCAUGCAAAUUGUUAGCAUUUACAGCAUCCCAUGACACGAAAUUCCACUGCUUUACUACAUGUAGCUUCAAAUACUACACCAUUUUGUUUCUUUUGAACUUGCUACUUACUAGGUUUCUUUUUCUUACACUGGAGAAGACAGUGAAAAAUGUCUGUCUAUAGACUCUGUCUAUACUUGUAAGAAGUUAAACAAAGCUAAGGAAUAUUCAUGGAACGUAAUCAUCUUUUGGCUAGAUUUUUUAAAAGGCUCGUGGCACAGUUUUCAUCUAUGCCAACUAACAGUGUCCCAAAUAAUCCUUAGACACAAGAGCCGUUAGCACAAACCUGUGGCCGUUCCCUGUUUACAGACAACCACCCUGUUUUGGAGGGCAAGAGGAUUUAAUAGUGUGGACAUUAACCAUUCUGUUCCAUAAGCAUUUUCUGUUUUGGGCAAACUUAAUAGUCUAAUAUAAAAGCAGUCAAUACGGCUGCUCGUGGAAUAGUGCUUAGGCACAUGCCCUAGUCCUGUUUAACUAAAGAGUACGGAUGUGGCCGAGAUGUGUGACAUUAAGCAUAAGAUCAAUACUGUCUUGUCUACCAUGAGAGCAUGACAGAAAAUGCAGUGGGCUGGGCAGACCUGCUGUGACUAAGCAGUUGGACAUCCCCUGCAGAAUUCUUGUAGCCAAAUAUGAAGAUGUAAGAGAAUGUGUACCAGGGAAAACAGAAAGACUGCAGAGGUGGAUGGGUUUUUCAAAAGCUUUGGCUUUGCAAAGUCCAGGCACCACCUCAAUCUCAGCGUACAGUAUGCACCCCGGAGGUAAAACAUCAGAGCAAGAGGGGAGGGUCUGGAAGCUGCACCCAUUUCCCAUGCUCAGGGGCUGAAACAGAGCUCUCCUGCUUUUCAAGAGCAGUGUGCCAGGUUGGAUUUUCCUUUUUCCAAAUUAGAGCUAAGUGUGUCGGAAGAAAGCUUUGGAACAAAGAGACACUGCCUUUCAAAGAGCCAAAAUGCUGGUGGUAUCGUUACUCUGGCUGAGGUGGUCCCUCCCAAUUCCCACAGCAUUUGAGUCUUUCUGGGAGCUGCAGAUGCGCUCUCAUAAAUGCCUUUCUUGAUCCGCUCUGGCAGCAGUCCUGCUAGGUGCCGCACAGUUGGCAUAAGGUGAGUAUUUGCCAUCUAUGGCAGAAGCCUCUGUCCUGAAGGCUCCACAAUGUUGGUUGCAGAGAAUCUACAUUGCAGCAGAGAGUCCAUGAGCUGGAGGGUGGAAUUCCACCCUUGGACCUCCCCGUCCCAUCUGGGGACUUACGUUGUGUUUGAGAAAAGUGAUGCUCAACCUAGACAUUUUAGUCACCCUUACAUUUGUAAUUAACAGCAUGUUCACUGAUGUAUCGUAGUGACAGGUAAGGCAAGUCUCUAAAGCAGUUUUAAAAUGCACCUUAUUGCAAUAUACAGAAUAAAUCAAAUGAACUCUGA